CUUACCGCUCCAUGAUUUUGUUUAGGUUAAAAAUUGUAGUCCGCUUGAUGUAUCACAAAAAUCUCUGAAGGACCCAUCAAGCAGAUCUGGGAUAUUUUAGUCAGGUUCGAAGUUAUCCAUCUCGCAUAUUAUCAGAACACAAGUUUUUGGGUAGUCCCAGUUAACGUUGAAAGGCCUCCCAAACACAAGACACUGAGAGCGGAGAGGGAGAUGAUAGGUGUAAAUGCAUGGGGCAUCACUCAAGCAGCAUCGUUACCCCAGCUCAGGCCCUUUUGUUGUAUUGAUUUCUUAGCCAAUAAACCCAAUAAUCUGAACUUUGUUUUAGGUUUGGGUUGCUCUCUUCCUUCUUUAUCUCCUAAUAAAACCCGUAGAAACCCAAGUUUGGGUUGCCUUUGCAGCGGUAAUCAAAGCACUCCGGAGACAACUACUUCUUCCUCGUGUUUGGAUUGGGAUUGGAAUCGAUGGACCCGCCACUUCUCUGAAAUUGAGCAGGCUGAGAGCUUUACCUCUGUUCUCAGGUUUCAACUUGAAGAUGCAAUUGAAAAAGAGGACUUUCAAGAAGCUGGAAAGUUGAAAACGGCUAUUACGGAGGCUAAUUCGAAUGAUAGUGUGGCUGAAAUAAUGUGUCAGUUGAAGAGUGCUAUAGAUGAAGAGCGAUACCAUGAUGCAUCAAAGUUGUGCAAGCAUACGGGAAGUGGAUUGGUUGGUUGGUGGGUGGGCUACUCAAAGGACACUGAUGAUCCCUUUGGCACACUAGUACGCAUUACACCUGGUAUGGGCAGAUUUGUUGGCAGGAGUUACAGUCCCAGACAGUUGGUCACUGCAUCUCCAGGGACUCCACUGUUCGAAAUUUUUGUGGUCAAAGAUUCAGAUGAAACAUAUGUUAUGCAGGUGGUAUAUUUGCAACAAGUCAAAGGAAGGUCGACAAGCUCCAUAAGCUCUAAAUCGACAAAAAGCCCAUCGACUCCUGAAGCUGAGAAUGCAUCUGUUGUUGAUGUACAGGAAAGUGGAGUUAAGGCAGAGAGUGAUGAGAAGGGCAUACACAUUGAGGAAGCUACAGAGGAAGGGAUAAAGAGUGUAAUCAAUUUUCUUAAAGAUAAAAUUCCAGGAUUGAAAUUAAAAGUCAUGAACAUCAAUGUCACUGAGGAUGUGCUAGAGGAUAAUGAUUCAAUGAAGCAGUUGUUGCAAGAAGGCGAUGAGACAACUGUGUCUGAUGAGGAUUCCAAUGAUGAACCUAUAAAUUUAGAAGACGUUCAACCUGAUGGGAUUGAUUUGGAGGAAGUUAGCCAUGCCUCAGAAGAUGGCAAAGAUUUGGAUACAAAGCUGUUUAUUGGUGGAGUUGUACAUAAUACUGAUGAUUCUCCUUCCAAGGAAGAGUACACACGAGUUCCAGCAGAGAUUAGAAAUAUGGAGAGAGAGUCGUUCAUCUUGCAUGUUCCCAAGAGAAGUCUAGAAAGUGACAACAUUGAAAGUAAAGCAUCCAGGGUGAAAGUGGCAGCUAUAGCUGCUCAAGGUGUUUCAGAGCUAAUGCCUCCUGAAGUUGCCAAGGCAUUUUGGGGAGCUGACAAAGUUUCUUCAAAGGUUUCGAAAAAUGUGCGUGAAAUAGUCAAGCUUGCUGUUAGCCAGGCGCAGAAGCGAAACAGACUAUCAGAAAAUACAACUUUUAGUCGAAUCAUGACCUCUGACGGGAAUUUAGAUCCCUUUGAUGGUCUAUACGUUGGUGCAUUUGGCCCUUAUGGCACUGAGAUAGUACAAUUGAGACGUAAAUUUGGUCACUGGAAUGGUGUGGAAGACGCUUCUUCAGAUGUGGAGUUUUUUGAGUAUGUUGAGGCUGUGAAGUUGACUGGGGAUCUUAAUGUCCCCGCGGGCGAGGUCACUUUCCGUGCCAAAAUUGGGAAAGGCAGUCGCAAUUCCAACCGUGGAAUGUAUCCAGAUGAAUUGGGAGUGGUUGCUAGCUACAAGGGUCAGGGAAGGAUAGCAGAAUUUGGGUUCCGGAAUCCACGUUGGGUAGAUGGUGAACUUCUCCAACUGAGUGGCAAGACCAUUGGACCUUACGUCAAAGGUGCAGAUCUAGGUUUCUUGUACGUUGUCCCUGAGCAAAGUUUCCUGGUGCUCUUCAACCGGUUGAAACUACCCGAGUAAGCCAUGUUUGUUAUACCGCUCAAGCAAUUUGUUAUAUCCCUUUGAUACAGCCGGAUGUCGAGCUUCUUAUGCUGAGAAUAGGGUUAUCUAUAAACCUUUGUAACCUGUAGUUUUAUUUUGAUUUUUGUGUUUUGAGGAGCAUUUUUGUUUCCUUGUAUGCCUCCAUAUACCAUCUUCAUUCACUUUUUAUAACUUCCUUGUAAAUCUUUUUGGCGAGUAAACUAAAUAAAGAUGUACUUAUAGCAGUGAGGCAAACUUAGAACAAUCUCUCCCAAUUAUUAGUAUACUGAUUUUGAUCACUUGCUGAAAA